CUCUAACGUAAAGAAAAGAAGCACAGCAUAGCCAGUCAGCCAGAGACGGGUAAGUGGGUACCGCGCUAAAGCCCCUGCUCAUAGCUCACUGAAUCGCCGGACGUGGCCGAGGUCUCGCCAUCUGCUCCCUGACUCGCCGUCUGCCGGUCUGCCCCUGCUCAUCUAUAGAGUGCUUCAGAGCUGUCUUCUCUCUUGUACUCCAUUCUCGACACAAGUGACAGAACCAAUUUGGGCAUUUGGCGUUUCUCCUCUCUUCAAGCUCACUGGUUCACUGGUUCUGCUCAUCUGCGCGGCUGCGCCGGAUGCUGAGUGAAGGUUCUGCCACCGGCAAUUUGGGUGUGUACACCCCCUUUCCCGUUCUGUUUCAAAUUUCUGGUCCCCUCCUCUCCGCAGGGCGCACAAGACAUCACACUGGCCAAGUGUGCCCUCGUUCUUCGACAGUGGUCAUCACUGGCCUUCUUGCUUGAGUUGCUUCAAGGUUGCCUCUGCUCUGUUCACUGAUUACCGCUGCCUGCUCACUACUUCACAGGGUUCGCUGCUUAAAAUCUAUUUAUUCAGAAAUGUCAUCUUGGUCUUCACUACAACUCAAAUCUCCCUUCCACGCUUUGCCUACCUACCCAAGCUAUGGUUCUAUAACUGGAGAAUUUCCCGUGGCUCUUGCUUACACACCUAAACUGAGCGGGAGGGAAUCUCGUGUAAUAUUUGCCAAGAAAUCUCAACUAAAUUGCGCGAGAGAAGUAGGAAUGGAUGCCAUUCCACCAGCUUUCAUUAGUUCUGUUGCUGAAUCCAUGGAUAUGGAGGGCAAGGCAAUGGUGGAGCAAGUGGAGCCAAAAGAUCCGAGCUUUUCAACAAUUCUGAUGAAUUUUGGUGAUGAUUCGGACCCUUAUGAUGCAAUGAGUACUCCUUUGUAUCAAACAGCUACUUUUAAGCAACCUUCAGCAACAGAAAACGGUCUUUAUGAUUAUACAAGGAGUGGAAAUCCAACACGUGAUAUAUUAGAAAAGCUUCUUGCAAAGAUUGAGAAAGCAGAUAGAGCAUUUUGCUUCACCAGUGGGAUGGCGGCUUUGACAGCGGUAACUCGCCUUGUUGGAGCUGGUGAUGAGAUUGUUGCUGGGGAUGACAUAUAUGGUGGUUCAGACCGCCUAUUGUCCCAAGUGGUCCCAAGAAGUGGAGUUGUCGUGAAGCGAGUUGACACAACUACUCUAGAUGAGGUUGCAUCAGCAAUUGGACCAAAGACAAAGCUUGUUUGGCUAGAGAGUCCUACAAAUCCUCGUCAACAAAUUUGUGAUAUCCGUAAAAUUGCUGAGAUGGCUCAUGCACAUCGGGCCCUUGUGCUGGUAGAUAACAGCAUUAUGUCCUGCGUACUCUGUUGCCCCUUGGAACUUGGAGCAGAUAUUGUGAUGACUUCAGCUACUAAAUUCAUAUCUGGUCAUAGCGAUCUUAUGGCAGGGGUCCUUGCUGUUAAAGGAGAAAGCUUGGCAAAGGAAUUGUAUUUCCUGCAAAAUGCAGAAGGUGCAGGUUUGGCCCCAUUUGACUGUUGGCUCUGCUUAAGAGGGAUCAAAACUAUGGCUCUACGUGUUGAGAAGCAACAGGAAAAUGCACAAAAAAUUGCUGAAUAUCUGAGUUCCCAUCCACGAGUAAAGAAGGUUAACUAUGCUGGUCUUCCAAGCCAUCCAGGGCGCACAUUGCACUACUCCCAGGCAAAAGGAGCAGGGUCAGUGCUAAGUUUUUUGACAGGGUCAUUAGCACUCUCUAAGCAUGUAGUUGAGACCACAAAGUACUUCAGUGUUACUGUUAGUUUUGGAAGUGUGAAAUCCUUGAUAAGCUUGCCGUGCUUUAUGUCCCAUGCAAGCAUUGCUGCUGCGGUGCGAGAGGCAAGGGGGCUAACUGAGGAUCUUGUUCGUGUUUCCGUGGGAAUAGAAGAUGUUGAUGAUCUGAUUGGUGACCUCGAUUAUGCACUUGCAUCCGGCCCGGAAUAGAUAUCCUGCUUCCAUUUAGAUUUGGAUUCUGAACUCUGCCAUGUAUAAUUGUAUAUGUAUUUUAGUGUUUACAUUUAUUUUUCAAUGCCAGUUUUUGUGUACCCUUCGAAUAUUGUCUAAUUUAAGAGUUUAUGGAUUUAAGAUUGUAUUUUGCAAAGUUUAGACCCUCUGUUCAAUAUAUUUGUUAUUCCUUUUGAAUUUUAAACCGGAUCAAGAAUUGAGACCUG